AUGACUAAGCCUCCAGUGAUUGCCAGUGGGGGCAGCAUGGUUCUUGACACCGAUGAAGCGGGGUUGGAAGCUAGUUUCUUGAAUUCUCAUUCAAAAGUUGAGAUCGUCGAUAUGUUGAGGAAACACACAUACAACGAUGAGCUAGAACAAAGUAAGAAAAGCCGCAGCUUAAACAAAACCCCUAUUACAAACGGGUUUAGAUUAGGUGACAACUUGGUCAACGCUUGGGAACAACUUUUUAAGAAGAGAUUCACCCCCAGAGACGUUGGAAAACUGAACCAGCUAGUGAUACCAAAGCAGCAUGCAGAGAAGCACUUCACGUUGCAAAUCGGAAGCACUUCUAAAGGAGUUCUUUUACAUUUCGAAGACACCGGGAUGAAAGUAUGGAGAUUUCGUGAUUUCAUUACUCAUACUUGA